UCUCAUGUGCAUAAACCACUCACCAAUACAGAUGUCAGACGGCAAAUUCCUCGCAGCAAGGACACACCUGCCGAGCUGGAGGACCGCCUCUCAUGUAUCAUGGACCCGCCCCACAUGGACCGCAAGCCUCUCAACUUCACCCACAUUUCGCUAGGUCAAUGGCGUCUCUUUCUGAAAGUGAAAAGCGAUUUCCAGCUCAACGACGAGCCUCACUUUGGAUUGUCGCUCUUAUACCACUCCAUAACUCAUCAAUACAUUUGGCGGAUUUGGGGUCGAACCCGAGAAUCCGGAUUUGUUCAAAGCUACCCAGAGAUCAUUGCCAAAUGCGGGAAACUGUUCAACCUGGGGGUUCCUUGUGUAGGGAUGGAGCCCUUGGACGGAUCAUUCCCAAUGUCUUGCGUAUUUGCCACCGAUUGUUUAGGGAUCGUUUCACCCUCCGAAAAUUCCAAUGUGUGUCAGAAAUGCUGGAUGAGCUCCUCUCAUGACCCAUCGGAUGCGACGGAGAGCAUGCAAGCAACUGGUGCUAUAUCAUCAGCUCUGGGCAUUAAGAAUGAAAUUAAGGUAGAAGAAAUGGAUUCGAUCGAGGGGGUUUACCCAGACUCGCCUAUUGAUAUCAAUGAGAUUCUUGAACCGACCAUGACUUUGGGGUCGGCUAAGGAAUCGGGGAAGAAGAAGCCCACAUUGUUACCUUGGGGUGAAGUCGAGGAAGAAAUUGAGCUAGAAAAAAAAGACCGAGUGGGCUGUCCCCAUUGUGCCAAGAAAGUUGCCCGCCGAUUCUUGUCCACGCACAAAAUGUACCACCACCAAAUUGGACAGUUCAAAUGCCUCCUAUGCUCAGAUGUAUUCCCCUCAGCCUCUGGUUUAACCCAACAUUCAUUGGAUACUCAUCCCCCCAACACCGAAUUAACAUGUCCUAAUUGUCGGCAAACCGUCAGCAUCGCUGGGAAUCCCGAUGAGCUGGUCCAGCACCUCCAGUCAUGUCACCAAGUCAAAUUAAUGCAAGACGCCAAAGGAGCUCUGAUCCCUUUGUCCAACUUUUGUCUGGAAUGUUGGCGGACUUUUAAGACCCCGGCUGAGUUGCGGAAACAUGAGGACAAGCCCUGCUUCCAACAUUGCCAUCAUUGUGACUUUGAAGCGCGUUUGACGAAACAUUUGGACCAUCACAUGGCCCAUCAUCACCCGGAGAUCGUGCUCGAAAAUGAGCGGGCUGAACUGGAGCCCGUUGUAGAGCCUCCAGUGUCGACCGUUCCUUUUUGCCGGAAAUCGAGGUUGCUUCCGGAGCACGAACCGAGGAAAAAUAUCGUGUGUGAUCAAUGUGGGAAACUGUGUUCAACUAGACAAGUUUUUAAACUUCAUGUGAUGGAACACCAUGGGCCUGAACACAUGUGUGACCAGUGUGAGGAGACCUUUCCGACCGAUGAGAAGUUGGAGGUUCACCUCAAUCUAGUUCAUUUGAAGACCAACGAGUUCAUGUGUCAAGAAUGCGGCAAGAAUUGCGGGAGUCUGAAACGAUUCAAUAGUCACAUGCGCAUUCAUCGGCCGGCUAAAUACACUUGUACGUUUUGCGGCAAACAGUUUCGGUACAGAUUUACCUUGGAAGAACACAAUCGGAUACACACGGGGGAGAAACCAUUCAAAUGUAGUUUGUGCGAUUACCAUUGCGCUGCGGUUGGCAAUCUUAGUUCCCACAUGAAAUUCGUGCAUAAAGGAAUACCUAGGAACCCGCGAGAUCGGAAGAAUGUCACGAAAUAAAAAGGACAUUAAAUCUACUA